AUGGAAGCGCAACUUACACUUUCAGGUGCUAGUGGGAUAUGCAUUCAUCUUUUUCUGUUCCGCAUCGGCGAGUGGGAUCUCAAGGCUCCACUCAUCGUCAUGGUCUAUGCGCUUGCGUUCGUGCUAGCCAUUUCGUUGGAUCGGUUUAACCCCCUCCCUGGAAUCUCGCCUAUUAAGUUACUUGGUUGCCACGUCCUAGGUAUAUACUCGAGCAUAAUAUUCUAUCGCGCGUUCUGGCAUCGCCUUUCUGGAUUCCCUGGCCCUUUCUGGGCAAAGCUAUCAAAUCUCUACGUGACCGCGCUAUCCGCCAAAAAGCUGCACUUGUAUGAAGAAGUGCAAAAGAUGCAUCAACAAUAUGGUGAUUAUGUGCGCCUUGGCCCGACGGAGCUGUCGAUUGCCGAUCCUCAGGCUGUCCAAGCCCUCUACAGCGGCCAGGCGAAGGUGAGCAAGGGCCCAUGGUACACUAUUUUGGAGCCACGGGUGUCCCUGCAGAUGGAACGUGAGAAGAAGGCGCACGCUCGCAGAAGAAAGGUCUGGGAUCAAGGUUUUAGCUCCAAAGCAUUGCGGGACUACGAACCUCGUGUCUCGCGCUAUUCGGACCAACUGAUCAGUGUGAUCGGUAAAAAUCUCGAUCGGCCGCUUAACGUCGCGGAUUGGUUCAAUUAUUACAGCUUUGAUGUCAUGGGCGACCUGGCCUUUGGAGAAUCUUUUAACAUGCUUAUUGAUGGGAAAGAUGCAUAUAUCCUGAAGAAAUUGCACGCAGAUAUGAAGAGCAUCGGUCUCUUUAGCCAUUUAACCUGGCUAUUUCCCUUUUUCAAGCGUGUGCCCAUCCUGAACAGCGAAUAUCUUAAGUUUUGGGAAUUUGUCGGCGAACGCGUCGCACAGCGAAUGAAGAACCACCCGGAACUUCCAGACGUGUUUUCCUGGCUUCUCAAAGCUUUUCAGCAAGGACCCCAAAAUGGAAGGGAGAUUCUUGACCUACAUGGUGAUGCCUAUCUUAUUAUUGUUGCAGGAAGCGACACUACCGCUGCAACUUUGACGAAUCUAUUUUUCCAUCUCGCGAACGACCACGCCUGGCAAAGAAAGCUCCAGGACGAGCUAGAUGCUCUUCAAGACCUGUCCUACGAGAAGUUAACCAAACUCAAGUUAUUUGACGCGUUAAUUAAUGAAACACUCCGAAUCCAUCCAGCUGUGCCGUCUGGAACCCAACGCAUGACACCGCCAGAAGGUAUACAGAUUGGCAACAAGUAUAUCCCAGGAGAUGUCAUCGUGUGUGUGCCCACGCAUACUCUCUUUCGAGAUGAACGUGUUUUUGUACGACCUAAUGAGUUUCUUCCUGAGAGAUGGAUCUCAGAGCCCGAACUAGUCAAGGACUCAUCCGCAUUCAUUCCUUUUAAUGCCGGCCCCUACUCCUGCGUUGGGAAGCAGCUUGGUUUGAUGGAGAUCCGCCGAGUCACCGCGGAGAUACUGUCGAGGUAUGAUGUCAAGUUUGCAAAGGGCCAGACAGAGGACGCAUUCAUGAGCGGCAAACAAGACACUUUUACGCUUGUCACUGCGCCUCUGCAGCUUGUGUUCCAGGAAAGAAAGAAGAACAGGGCUUGAACUGUGAGGUUCUUGCUCAGCUCGAGGAGAAACAGGAGCAGCAAUAUAGC